AACAUCGAAUGAAUUCGGGAAGGAAGGAAAAUUCAAAAUGAAGUCAAAAUCGCUCCGAAAUUGUACCAAACAAUCAAACAUGGCGUUUCUAAACAUAAACAAGUGCCAUAAAUGAUUGCUGUCAGUAAAUUAUGAUCUCGCGUUCUUCAGUGAAUCGUCUUCAGGUCAUUAAACUGAAUUUCGUGUCUUCGUGAUGACAAUAGGAUUCUGAAAGGAGAUUUUAAUCGAGGAUUCUUACACUGACAUCUUGGAGUCCAACUAACCUUGAAGAUAAUCGUGAGUUUAUGAGAUGAGUUCUAAGAAAAUUAUGAAGGAUGAGGACAAGCCCAAAGGCUUCAAGAAGGGAUUCCAGCCCGAGAAAAUCAUUGGAGCAACUGACUCCAGUGGAGAGCUCAUGUUUCUCAUGAAAUGGCAGGGCUCAGAGGAGACAGAUUUAGUUUCAGCAAAGGAAGCCAACGUAAUGUGCCCGCAGAUAGUCAUCAGAUACUACGAGGAUCGAUUGACCUGGCACACGACAAAAGCCAAACCGAAGUAAUUAAUGAUAAUAACCGAUAGCAAUUGUUCUAAUCGAAUUUCUAGACUAAUCCCCGAAGGACAAAGUUACUUUUUCAAUUCUAAGUUCAUCAUUUGCUAAUUUAACGAUUCUGUGACAGUUCAAAGCAUUACACUAGUCACUUUCCCUUCGAAUCUCAUGUCUUGUGAAUAUCAAUUAUAUUAUUUUAAGAAAAAGCCUUUAUUAGUUUUUCCACGUGGAUGUUUAAAAAAUUAGAAAUAAUGUUUUUAUUGCUGCGAAUAUACCCCUGAUGUCCAGGGUGUGACAUCAGGCAGUUUAUCCUUUUGAUUGUAAAAUUCAAUUUUUAUUAUAAAUGGACUAGAUAAGGCCCUAAAUAACAAGUAGAUUAAAUAUUUUAAGUAAACCA